AUGGUAGCCAUCCGCAAAAGGGCGUUUCCAGGUCUCUUCAUUCCUGGCAAAGCCCGUUGCACACAGUCCAUAACUCCGUUACAUGCAUACGAUGCUACGGGAGAAGAUGGUGAGCAAAAUACAAUUUCAGCUUCUAGCCAGCUCCAUGUCGGCCGCGGAGCGAAGAUCUUGGUUGCUGCUGGUUGGAGUUUGUAUAUUGCUCUCGUGGUCGGCAUACUACUAGUUGAAGAAAGACCCCAGAGCAAGAUAUCGUCAGGUACGUCUGGAGUAUCGCAAUUAGGAAGAAAGGACGAGAGGGCUAUUGGAAAUCAGUUAGCCCCAGCUCCGUUAGGUUCAUGUGCUGGAUAUACCCCAAUGGCAUCUAUUGGUGAUAGAUACGGAUUAAUGUUUGUAUUUUCCAUGCAAGCACCAGGGGCUCCGACUGAACCAAGUUCCCGGGGCCGGCUUGAAGGUGUUCAAUAUCAUGGCGAGUUGUUGAGCACUAUGAUCCUAGCCUCUAGAAUCUCGGGGCUAAUGCCUUCACCGGGUAUUGAUGCGUGGUUGGCUUUGGAGUUUAAUUCAGUCAAAGAGCCGAGCCGAGAAGCCUUUUUGAGCAUCCGGUCUCAUGCGUGUAUUCCUCUCGAACAUAUUCUUGCCAUCUCUCUCCAUAUCCUAGACAAAGCGCCGAAUAACUUCUGA